AUGAGCGCUCGCCAAGUCGCUGAUGAGUCUGCCAGACACGGAGACGUUCUGAGUCGGCAUCUGAAAGGACACGGCGACAACGACAAGGCCCACAAGAACGCCUCCAAAUUAACCCGGGUGCGCUUGCAAGAGAGGCAACACGGCCCCGAAUCUCCAACUGGCAACACUGUCGUUGUGUGGCCCUUGGGCUCCGCGUCUUCGCCCUCACGCUCGUCCCGUCACAGCCCUCAGCAGCCCGGGCUAGAUGAGGCACCCAGUGGCACCAACAGUGCCCCGAACAAUGCCACCGUCUCCAGCAUCGACACUUUGGACCCCGACAUCGUCAUCCCGAAUGCCCGGGAGAUCCCUGUUGCUCCGAAUCUCGAACCUUCCGCCCAGGCUGAUCUCGGCUCCCUGGACCAACAGACCGCGUCUCCGACUCCCUCCCACGGUGCCCGGCGAUCCGAGAAGCCCCCCUUGAGCCAUGAGAUUCAGAACCGGAUCACGCUUGGUCGCUCCAAGCCGACCCCGAGAGUUGGCCAGGAAGAUGACGAGAUGCAAGCUCUCUUCUCUUUUUCAUACAGCAUGCCGCCCAUCUCGGAAACUUCCAUCGCCGAUCAUGAGCUCUCCAAUACCAUGGCUCACAGCCAAGCCGAACCCGAUGUGCUCAUGAGCAACAGUGUAGAUUCCGCGGCCCACUUGAGCAUCCCCGACGAGACGCAACCCACAACCACUUUUCGACGCGACAGUCUGCACGGCCACGACACCAGUGCUCUAUCAGAUCAGGACCUGGGUCAUCUCCUGGGGCAGUAUGUCGACAGAACAUGGCCGCCCGCUGAACCAGACUGGCUCCCCGGCUUGGACACAGAGUUGACGAUUCCGGAUCUCAACUGGCGUAGCUGGGGAAACAACCCUUUACUCAGCUUCGAUGUCACUGCCCCUUUGGAUCAUCCCAUAAAGAGGAGGAGGAAGACCGCGAGCUUCACAUCUGAGAUUCCCGACGAGCGCUUUGCUGAGAUGGCCAAGCUGUGGCCCAAGAGGGGUGACCAGCCCUGGCAGCUUAUGCAGACGCUGUGGUCAGAUUCUGUCACUCACAGAGGCAGCAAUCUCUUCUCUGAUACUAAGCAUGCCGGCGACUCUUAUGUUGCGACUGGUCCCAAGUCAGCUGAAGGUAGGCUCGACGACCAGCGACGGAUGAGCAUGAGCCAAGAGUACGGGGUGGAGUGUCCUUCAGUGGUAAUACCUGCGCAGAAACAUGAGUGA